AACUUGCAUGCAUGCGCUUGCUUCUUCUCCCACACUCCCGCAAACAAACAGAGCCUUAACAAAGCAAGAAAGAAAGAGCCUCUCCUUUUCCCGUGCCUGCACCUUUUCGAGUUUUCAAAAUAUUCGAAUUUUCAAUUAUUGCACACUUGCGUAUACACCAUUGAAGAUUCUUCUCCAGUGUUACUUCACGCACCAACCCAGAACCCUCCAACAUCAUAUCACGUAUCAUCGUCUAGGUAUCUUCGAGAUUCAGAAACGAGCUGGCAUCGUAUGAAACGCGAGUCGUUUUGUUCGCUUUUGUUGGUUAAUUUGUUGACUCUGAUGCGCCUCAGGAAUCUGCGUUAGUCUCAGAAUCGCUUCGGUGUUCCCUUUUUCAAGAGAUUCGAUUCCUUGUGUUCGAAGCCACUGGCAAGCGGCAACUACCGUCAUUUCGCGCUGCGGUGAUUUCACCACCGGGUUAGAGAAGUGUUUGCGUUGGUGAUGGGGGGUCAAAGUUCUAGAGACGAUAGUUGGAGGCAGAGUUCAUCUCUGCGCUCAAAUUCAAGUUGUUCUGCUUCUUCUUGGAGCGCUUUUGUGGAUCCAUUAUCUGGUUAUGGUUUUGAUGAUCCGCAACCUUCUUAUUCUUCUUAUGGCUAUGAAGCUUAUGGUGGUGAUAGAGUGGUUCGUUAUGAUAGUACAAAGAUAGAGAGGAGAUACUCAAGAAAUUCUGAUCAUUACUAUUCCAUAGAUCAGGUUACCGAGGCUCUUGCACGUGCUGGGCUCGAGUCUUCUAAUCUUAUUGUUGGUGUUGAUUUCACCAAGAGUAACGAGUGGACAGGAAAAAACUCGUUCAAUAGGCGAAGCUUGCAUCACAUUGGGAGUGUUCUGAAUCCUUAUGAGCAAGCAAUAUCAAUUAUUGGGAAAAGUUUGGCAGCAUUCGAUGAUGAUAACUUGAUCCCCUGUUUUGGUUUUGGAGAUGCAACAACACACGACCAAGAUGUAUUCAGUUUCUAUCCGGAUGAAAGAUUUUGCAAUGGAUUUGAAGAGGUGUUGAGUCGGUAUAGGGAAAUUGUUCCUCAUCUUCGACUUGCAGGGCCUACUUCAUUUGCGCCAAUAAUUGAAAUGGCCAUGACAAUUGUUGAGCAGAGUGGAGGCCAGUACCAUGUUUUGGUGAUAAUCGCAGAUGGCCAGGUAACAAAAAGUGUUGACUCUAAACAUGGGAAGCCAAGUCCACAGGAACAGAAGACUGUGGAUGCCAUUGUUGCAGCUAGUAAAUUUCCUCUUUCAAUCAUAUUGGUUGGCGUUGGAGAUGGACCAUGGGACAUGAUGAAGGAAUUUGAUGACAAUAUCCCAGCUCGUACCUUUGAUAAUUUUCAGUUUGUGAAUUUCUCGGAGAUUAUGUCAAAGAACAUCCCUCCUUCACGAAAAGAGGCAGCAUUUGCACUUGCUGCAUUGAUGGAAAUUCCUUCUCAGUACAAGGCAGCAAUAGAGCUUAAUCUACUGGGCAGUAAUCAGCAUGGCAACGCUCCUCAAAGAGUUUCCCUCCCACCACCCACAUAUAGUUUUGCAUCUCUACGCACUUCAAAUCCUUUUCAUGCUGCAAGGUUUGAGUCAAGUAUCCCUCAUCAACAUGGCAACAGCUACCCAGUUGGCACAGCUCCUUCUGCCCCAAGUUCCACUUAUGAUUAUCAACUUUGUCCCAUUUGUCUGAGCAAUGCCAGAGACAUGGCCUUCGGAUGUGGGCAUCAGACAUGUUGUGAAUGUGGACAAGAUCUUCAGUCAUGCCCCAUCUGCAGGAGCCCCAUUAAUACCAGAAUUAAGCUUUACUAAGCAUAUGUGGGAAUUGAUAUUGAUUUUCUUUUAAUUACAUUAUUGUUGUGCCAAUCACAAUUCUAUGGUUAUUUUCAUCAUUGGUUAAAAUCUUCAAAAAUUAGCAUUAGAUGUGUCUGUACAAUACAACAAUGUCUGUUUCCAGAUAUGAAACAGGGAAUUCACCAUGCAUUGUACAUAUAUCUAUUUGAUGGAUUUUAUUUUAUCUUUUUUUUUUUUUUCUACCAUUGCUUUUUUUAUCUGAAUAAUAUGCUUUUAAAGCUUCAAAAUUCUGGUAUCCUGAGUUUGA